UUGGAACCUAUCUGAAUCGAUUAGAUAUGGAUGUUGCUGCAAUAGAGCCUGCUAUGAUAGUUGGAACAGUUGGAUCAAACUUAGCACUAGAGAAAAUCCCUAGUGGCGAUUUGUGCUCUUUUUCAAUUCCGAUACUUGAGUGGUUUACAGACUUUGUUUCUUCUGGAUUGGAUGAGCUGCAGGGUGCUAGUCUUGUAAAGGUUGCCAACACAUUAUGGAUGCUUGGUUUAGGAUGUUACUUCAUAAGUGGCUGUCGGAAAUAUAGCUAUUCCUCUUAUAUGGAAAAAGCUAUUUCAGUGUCUGAGUUGAAGAAGUUGAAUAACUUGAAAAUCUUCGUUGACGUGUUUGGAAAGUACAACAAACCUCUCGUCGUGAAGUUUACUGGGGUGGUUUGCUGUGAGGCGCCUACGGUUGUUUCUCUUCCUAACCUUGACUCCGAUGUAGAGAGCAAGGCACCUUUUGUUACCACGCUUGUAACGUCCAGGCCUGACGACUUCAUCUCGUGCGUUAUCUACAACGGAGAGACUGAAAUCACAUACGCGGAUAGAGCUAUAAAUGGUGAUCGGUUUAGCUCAACAAUGGGAUUAAAAUCAAUCCAUGAUGAGGUUCCUUGGUAUCUGGCUGGUGACACUGAAAGAGUGUAUGUUGAGGGAAUUCAAAUGGCAAAGGGCUUUGACUUGGUCACUCAUAAAAGGGAAGUUGCAGGUCCAGGAACUGCAUUCCUUAGAGCGCUAGAAUUUGCUAGAGAGAUUGAUAGUCACCAAGGAAUGAAGAUAAUUGGAGUAAAACACACUGAGUGUGCUCUUAAGGUGGAUUCAGCUCUGACCGUUGUUGGUAAUGCCACGAAAGACGACAGAGGGAAUAUCACCAUUCGGGACCCACUGUUUGUUUGUCCAUCUGAUGUUGACUACAAUGUGGCCAAAUCGACGGUGUUUGGACAGCCGAGUGCAUGGGAUAUUGGGUGGAUGGCUGCAUUUGCCUUGUCUGCAGUAUUAUUCGCGACUCAGAGUCUGAAGAAAUUUUCUUUCAGUGAGACUCCCUCUCAGGUUGCUGAUGGUUUGGAUUUCCUCUUCAAAGUUGACAUACCAUAGUGAACUUUGCCUAUCAAUGAACAGGAUUCUGUCUGCUGCAAGAAAAAGAGUUGACCGAGUCUGUUUUUCCAAUCAUCUUCCACUUCACCACCAUUAAGAAGACAUGAUUCUCUUUUGACAUGUUAGUUAUCUGACACUAGUAUCUAAGUAUCCUCUAUGAUGAUGAAUCUACUAAGGAACCGUUUGUUUUGUGAGUAUGGUUAUGUUUUGCUUGACACAUGUUUAGCAGUUAGUUGCAUGACCAGUUUUUCUUAAUGAUCUUGCGAUAUAUUUAACC